AUGGCUGGUAAAAAUGAUCGCGCGAUUGCUGAUGCUCUUCAAGCAUUAGCACAAGCUAUGAAUAAUAAUAAUAAUAGAGCUGAGGUCGCUCCUAACUGGUUGGAACAAUUUCAACGAAAUCACCCACCUACCUUUAAAGGAGGAUAUGACCCAGAUGCUGCUAUGAAUUUGCUAACUGAGAUUUGUAGUAUCUUCAAUGUCAUGGAUUGUCCCCUUACUCAGAAGGUGAAGUUGGCCACCUUCAUGUUGACUGCUGAUGCUCACUUUUGGUUGGAAGGAGCACUUUGGAGAAUGAUUGAUGGAAGGGUGCACUUGAAUUGGGAUAACUUUAAGAAAUCUUUUCUUGAGAAGUAUUUCCCGGAUGAUGUGAGAAGUCGGAAAGAAAUGGAAUUCCUUGAGUUGAAUCAGGGGAACAGUGUCUAG